AAACUUAUUAAAUAGAAGUAAUGGCCUGGGUAUGUUCGGCAUAACGGGAAGAUAAAUAAAGGUUGGAAUGCAACGUUCGGGCCUUGAGGGCAUGGGUGCUCAGUCACUGCCGAUUCCCAGUGAUUCUUCUGCGUUUUCUGGCCUAAUAUAUGCAUCUUUUGGAAUGUUUGUUGGGUGCUAUCUGGCUGGUCUAAUACCUCUCACUCUAUCACUUUCAGAGAGCAAAACACGAUCUAUGUCAGUAUUCGGUAGCGGUUUGCUGAUUGGAACUGCUCUAGCAGUGAUUUUACCGGAAGGUCUGAACAUGGUUCAGAACAACCAUUCACACCUGGACUGCUUACACAUCCCCCAUACAGAGUCUAAGGAGUUUCACGAUGUCCCCAGGAUCCAAGAGGAAGUUCUAUCCAAAGGAAAGGAAGACGUUCCUGCGUCUCAAAAUAACCUAUUCAUUCAGAGAGAAAACCACGACAAAUUGCCAAGUAAAACAGGACCAAAGCUGACUCACGAGGACAUGGUUGGACGUCAACAUGAAAAAGGCGAAGAACAGGAGGAGGGGGACGAGGAAGCAGCCAAUAACAGAGUAAUUGGAGUGAGUCUCGUGACAGGAUUUGUUUUCAUGCUCUUCAUCGACCACAUAUCAGCCGGAUCCCACUCACACGGGCCGGCACAUUCCACAGAUCCUGAAUUACAGCACAAGGCAGAAACAGGUACAAAUGGGCGCUCUAGGGUCAAGCUUACCACAACAAUUGGACUGCUAGUGCAUGCCGCAGCUGACGGAAUUGCAAUGGCAGCAGUGAGUGCCUCGAAGAAGCCAGACUUGCAACUGCUAGUGUUUGUGGCCAUCAUGCUCCACAAGUUCCCAGCCAGCUUCGGACUAGUGUCCUUUCUGCUAAAUGAGAAGACGGAGCGACAACGCAUACGCAAACACCUCAUGGCCUUCAGCUUAGCUGCUCCCAUCGGUGCUCUGCUCACAUAUAUGUUCAUGGCAAUCGUCACUGUGCCAAAUCAGUCCAAUGGCAACUCUGCAAUAUUCUCCAACUUCUCAGGUAAGGCUAUGCUCUUCUCAGCCGGCACCUUCCUAUAUGUGGCCACCAUCCACAUCCUCCCUAACAUCCAGCACUCCAGUCCAGGGGGGCACCUGUCUACUGCCCAUGUGCUCCUUCUUCUUCUUGGCUCAUUCUGUCCUUCUCUGCUCAACAUGUUCCACCAUCAUGACCACGGCCAUGACCACACAACCUGAUAUAAACUGCAGUCGGGAAGAUUUCUAGAUUCAAAAUAGAACUCAAAUACAAAGAAAGUUGCAAAUAUGUCCCUUUUUUACAGCUCGUUUAACCAACACUUAGAGUAGGUAAAAUUGAAUUGUCUAUAAGAGAUGUUGAAGUUUAUUGAAAAUUCAGA